AUGGCCAUUGACUCUUUCUCAGCGUUGGAUGGCCUGGAGGAGAGUUCAGUUGAGGGUACUAUUGUCUUGUAUCUGCGAUCUUAUAUCGAGAUGCUCAUGGAUGGUAUGGAGUCCAGGGACCUGGUGGACGGGACUUCGUUUAGAAAUGGCCAGGACGACGCCGAGACUGCCCUAGUUUACCCACCAAAUCCUUUUGGCUUCAACGAUGGCCGAUUUGAUUCCCGGGAAGGGUACCAGAGGUAG